AUGAGUAAUGUUAUAAUUGAUUCUUCGUCCGAGUCUGUUAAAAGAGAAGUACAUAUUGAUGCAGGAGAUCAUGAAUGUUGGGGAUCAAAAAGAUAUUGUGGAGAAUGUACUCGUAAGUUUUUUCAGGAACAACCUUCGAAUUGGACAAGUGGUAAUUCAGAAAUUGAUAAAAUAAUUCGAGAAUCUCAGGAAAGUGGAAGGAAUGUAAAUAAUAGUCUUGAGUGGAUACCAUUUAAACAAUUUUACGAUAUAAGGGAGGUAGACAAAGGUGCAUUCAGCAUAGUGUAUUUAGCAUAUUGGAUGGACGGACCGUUGCUUAUGAAAGCUUUUCCGGAUGAAGUUUCUUUAAAAAAAAAUGAAAAAAGAAUUAGAAUGUUUUAUCGGGAAGGUCCUAUAAAAGUAAUAUUGAAAAAGCUUAAAAAAUCACAAAAUAUUUCAGCAGAGUUCAUUAACGAAUUAAAAGUUCACUACAAACUUUAUUGUAAAGAUUUACGAAAGAAUGUUAUUCGUCUAUUUGGAAUAUCUAACGAUCCUACGGAUGGAGAAUUUUAUAUGGUUUUAGAAUAUUGUGAGCAUGGAAACAUGCGACGGUAUUUAAAAUUAAAUUCCAAUAGUGAAAGUUUAGAGUGGUGGUGGAUACUUUUUCAUAUAAUGUCGGUUUUUGAUAGUUUAAGUUAUAUACACAAGGAAGGGUUCACUCACAAUGACUUGCAUAGUGGUAAUUUAUUAUUUACUAAUUUUGAGAAUCGGGAUGCAUUGGAACUAAAAAUCGCAGAUCUUGGAUUAAGUGGACCAGCAAAUCAAACAAGGGAGAAUGAAAUAUUAAAAGAAAACUUAGAGUUAAGAGACCUUUAUGGAUACUCAACUCUUGAUGAAUUUGCAGACGAUGUAUGGGAAUUUAAACUCAAAAUGUUUGAUAUAAGCUGUCGAGAUGCAAAUCAUCAAAUGGAAAUGCACCCAAAGGCGAUCUAUACAAGUCAACUAAUAUCUGAUCUUACAAAAAAUGUUCAAUGGGUGUCAAAUGAAUUAGAUCGAGAUAAUAAAUACGACUCCGUUCAAGGCAGGUUAAAAAUCGAUUUCUAG